AAUGAAUUUUAUAUUCUGUUUAAUCUGUUUUUAUGUUUUGUGUCUUGAUAAAUCGAAAUUUGAUUAUCUCUUCAAAAGCUGUGUACAAUUUAACAGUUUUAAAAAAGUAUUUAAACCUGCAACAAGUACGGCGAGAAAAAUGACUUUACAGCUUUUAUGGACACUUAUGCUAGCAGUACUAAGCGUUCAGAUUAAAGCCCAAUCUACACAAAAUGAUAUAAAUAUAUUGAUUGAAAAUACCAUUUUAUCGUCUAUAGAUGAAACCAUUAAACCGUGUGAGGAUUUUUAUGCCCAUGCCUGUGGCAAGUAUGCGGAGCAACACUCAUCAGAGGAUUAUAAGGAAAUAACCACUUUAUUGGAUUUACAAUAUAAUAAAUUUAUUUUACAACUAUUUGAUGCAGUGUAUCGGGACUAUCAACAAGAUUCUGAUAAAUCUGAUACAUUUAUAGCGAAAACAUUGGCUUAUUUUCAUUCGUGUCGCAGAGAAACUAAAAGAAAUUUAACAAAAUACUUUGAACAUAUUGAACCAGGACCACAGCUUAAUUGGCCCUUAUGGGAGGAGUUAAGAAAUAACGCUACUAAACCUUUUCUAUGGGCCGAUGAGCAAUCAUUUGAUAUGUGGACUCUAUUGGGCACAUUACAGUCUUACGGUUUAAAUAAUGUCUUGAUAAAUCAACAAAUUUUAGUAAAGAAAAAUGGUGAUUUAGAAAUAAUGCUAGAACCUGCAUAUCGAGAGAAUAAUUCGACUUUACCGGACUUGAAGAUGUUAGCUGUUUUAUUAAUGGGUCUGGGAGUAGCGCAACCUAAAAUGUUUUUAUUAAAUCUUUUACAAACCAAUAAGAUUUUGGUGGAUAUUUUGGAAAGUUGUGAAGAGCACAAAGGGAAUGUUCAACAAUUGACUUAUAAGGAUUUGAAAUCACAAUUUGAAAAUCUAAAUUUAAGUUCAUUUGUCAAGGAACUAGUUAACCGAGAAUUAUCGGCAGAUACUGUAAUUAUAUUAAGAAAUCCCCAGUAUUUUCAAAACUUAAAUGAAAAGCAAAAUGUAAAAAAAUCUGAUUGGUGUAAUUAUUUAAUGUUAAAAUUUCUUCAUUUUUUGGCUUUGGAUAGUACAGCUACUUUCAAAAGUUUGGAUUGUAUUAAGGAUUUAAGAAAUAAAAUGGAUUUAGCGGUAAAUUAUCUAUUUUAUCAACACAACUAUGGUCACAAAGCUGAUCUCUAUAAACCCAUUAUUCUGGAAGUAUUUCAAAACAUAAAAGCGAAAUUUCAAAAACUAUUCCUAGAAAAUCAUUUAAAUUUAACUUUACAACAACAACAAUUUCUACAAGAAAAGUUGCAAUAUGUUAAGCUAAAUAUAGGAAACUUACCGCAAGACGUAACAUUUAUUAAAAUUGAAAAAUUUUAUGAAAAUUUGCCAACAUUGGAUAUAACAAAUUACUAUAAAAAUCAUCUUCUCCUACUGAAACAUGGUCAUCAAAACACCCUCCAUUAUAAACCAAAUCAAACGCACCACCACUAUUCUAGAGGUGCUUUAGGCAGUAGGCCAGCAGCAUUUUAUGUUGCCCAACAAAACAUGAUCGUAUUACCCUUUAGCAGUCUACGUUAUCCACUUUUCGAUAUACACUAUCAUGAUGUCUACAAAUAUUCUCAUUUAGGUUUUAUAAUGGCUCAUGAGUUGUCGCACAGUUUCGAUACAUUUGGUCUUAAUUAUGAUAGUAAAGGAGAAUUUGUAAAAUCUCCACAUCAUAUAUUGGCCAAUGAAAAUUUUCUCGCCGCCCUAGAAUGUUUGCAGUCUCAACUUUUUACCAAUAGUAUAGAUGAACGUAUAGCGGAUAUUAUUGCCAUAGACAUCAGUUAUGAUCUACAUGAAACUAAACUAAAUAAAGAUACUCCAGCAGAUGUACGUACUAGUUGGAAUAAAUAUUUCUACUUAAAUUUGGCGCAGUUUUUUUGUGGUAAAAACGAUAUAAAAUUUAUUGAUCACGACACAGAUGCACUACUCGAAAUGCAGCAACACAUCCCUUAA